ACUUCAUCGGUAUCUGUAAAUCAUAAACCAAGAUUUAGAAUGUUGGAAAAUGGUAAUCAUGAACAUAAUUUACGUAGUGCUAAACGUCAAGAAAAAUUACUGAAUAUGUUAAAAGACUUAUUAGGAGCUAAAAAAUUAAGAGAUGAAGCAAAGCUGGCGUCCAAAAGAAGAACCUCCUACUUUAUUUGCCGGUUUGGUUAAUCAAGUUAAAAGUAAUACUGGUCAAUACCACGGACAAUAUUUAGAUCCCCUGGAAAAACAAGAUUCAAGGUCUUUUGUUGAAAAAUAUGGUAGAUGUCAAGAAGUUAUUGGAAGAGGUUCAUUUGGAGUUGUUCGUAUUUCCCAUAAAAAAAUCGGCUCAAUAAAUGAAGAAGUAUCUUCAAUAACUAAUGAUGAAAUAUUAUACGCAGUUAAAGAAUUUAAAAGAAAACCUCAAGAACUGGAAAAAAAAUAUAGUCGUCGUUUAACAAGUGAAUUUUGUAUUUCAUCAUCUUUAAAACAUGUUAAUAUCAUUGAUACUUUGGAUUUAUUAAAAGAUGCUAAAGGUGACUAUUGUGAAGUGAUGGAAUUUUGUAGUGGUGGUGAUUUAUAUACUUUAAUUAUUGCUCUGGGUAAAUUAGAAUACGCUGAAGCUGAUUGUUUUUUCAAACAAUUAAUAAGAGGUGUUAACUAUAUGCAUGAUAUGGGUGUUAGUCAUCGUGAUUUAAAACCUGAAAAUUUACUAUUAACUCAAAAUGGUAUCUUGAAAAUUACAGAUUUUGGUAAUGGUGAAUGUUUUAAAAUGGCCUGGGAAGAUGAUAUUCAAUUAAGUGAAGGUAUUUGUGGUUCUUCUCCUUAUAUUGCUCCCGAAGAAUUUAGUCAAUCUUCUUUUGAUCCAAGAGGUGUUGAUAUUUGGUCUUGUGGUGUCAUCUAUAUGGCAAUGAGAACUGGUCGUCAAUUAUGGAAAUUGGCUGAUGCUAAAAAGGAUGAAUUUUUCCAAGAAUAUCUUGUUAAAAGAAAAGAUGCUACGGGAUAUGAACCAAUUGAAUCUUUGAAAAGGGCCCGUUGUAGAAACGUCAUUUAUUCUAUCUUAGAUCCAAAGCCUGAAAGAAGAAUAAAUGGUAAACAAAUCUUAAAUAGUGAAUGGGGUAGAGAAAUCAAAGUUUGUGAAGCCGGUGAAGGUAAACAUAACUAGACUAACUAAUACAUAGCAUUACAUUAAUUUAUUUGUACGUUUUUCUAUUUCAGGCCUAUUUGAACCCACUUCAGGCAUAAUCAGACCUAUUGCAAGCUUAAAAGCAUGUUUCUGCCCAUUCAGCUUAUAUGCUCUGACUUAAAUCCACUUG